AUGGAUGUUGAAAUUGUUGAAUAUCACCUUUUUAAUUUUGGAUUUGUUGAGGACUAUUUUGUUUGGGAGUAUCAAGGGGAAAAAGAUGUGAUCGGUGAGAUAGCUUCUGGUAAUGAUUUGCACGGUGGUUCUCAACCUGAAUCGGGAUUCGAUAAUCCAUACCGACAAAUGGUCUUGGAUGCAGCUGGUCCCAACUUUGGUCAGGGUUCGAGUUCGCAAUCUUAUAGCAAUAUUGAAGUUGAUUCUUCUCAUCCUUAUGAACCUUCAAUAGAGGAGGAGCCUAAUCCUUCAAUGGAGGAGGAGCCUAAUACCGAGUCCAAAAGAUUUUACAAUUUGUUACAAGCUGCUGAUGAAAAAUUAUAUCCCGGUUCUGCUCUCCCUCAACUUGCAGUAGUCUCCAAAAUGUUAAAUAUUAAAAUGGAGAAUACUUUGUCACAGAGAGGUUGUAACCAAAUGAUACAAUUGUUGAAAGAGGCUUUACCUGAAGAUAACAAAGUGCUUGAUAGCUAUUAUCAGACUAAGAAACUAGUGCAUAGUUUGGGUUUGCCAGUUGAAAAGAUUGAUUGUUGUGAUUCAGGAUGUAUGUUGUAUUGGGGUGAUGAUGAACACCUUACAUCUUGUAAAUUAUGUGGUAACCAGAGGUAUAAGCGUCAUGUCGACUCUCGUAAGAGGAAAUUGGUCCCUUACAAGAAAAUGUAUUAUUUUCCUUUGAUUCCUAGAUUGAAAAGAUUAUAUGCAUCCCAUGCUACAGCUGCCGACAUGAGAUGGCACCAUGAGCAUACACAAGAGGAGGGGGUAAUGCGUCAUCCAUCAGACUCUGAGGCUUGGAAGAACUUCAAUGAAACUCAUUCUUUUUUUGCUGCUGAACCAAGGAAUGUAUGGUUGGGGUUAUAUACUGAUGGUUUCCAACCGUUUAGUCAAUCUGGGAGGAAAUACUCUUCGUGGCCAGUGAUUGUCACCCCAUACAAUUUGCCUCCAGGAAUGUGUAUGAAAGAGGCAUAUAUGUUCCUAAUUGUCAUUGUUCCUGGGCCAAACAAUCCCAAACAUAAAAUUGAUGUUUAUCUGCAACCUCUAAUAAAGGAAUUGACUUUGUUGUGGGAGACAGGUGUAGAAGCAUUUGACAUCUCGAAAAAGCCAAACUUUCAACUGAGGGCAGCUUUGAUGUGGACAAUCAGUGACUUCCCAGCAUAUUCUAUGUUAUCAGGAUGGAGUACUGCGGGCAAGUUAGCAUGUCCUUAUUGUAUGGAGGAAACAUAA